UGUGGGCAGAAAUGGCAGUGUUCGGCCCCGCACGGACCACCCAGUGUAGCCACUGUAGAUUAGCCAGAGCUUACGGCAAGUAACGAUAGUCAUAAGAACAACAAUGAACGGUGGGCUGCGAUUUGCCCACAAUUUUGGUGAGGAAUAAGCGGACGACCAGACGACAAGAUCUCUAUAAAAGAGAGCCCUCCACUUUAUCACGGUUAAAUAAGAUCUGCGUCCCCUCUGACGUCGCCGGAGACGAUGAGGACCAGCAGUUGGCUCGGAGUAAGAUGGCAGACACGUACAAGGGGCCACCCAUGUUUUGGUACUCGACUCCUGGGUUUGCGCCAUCAGGGUCCGGACCAUGAGACUUGGGGAGAUCAUGUUGUGAAUCUAUCGUUGUUGGUGGAAUGGUCGUUUAUGGACGUUACAAGAAGCGGCUCUAACCCAAUGCAUAUGUGUUUCGUAUUUUCCGACUACAAUACCCAACUAUGGGAUGUCAAUUUAUUGUACAACACAGACGAAGUUAACAUAGCUAACCUCUUCAUUCUGAACGCAGCUGAUACGGCGCGCACUCCACCGGAAAUGAGAAUGGAGGCUGUGGUCGCAGAUGGACCAGAUCCCCUCAUCUUUCUUGCGCAACUGACCACGCCUGCAAAGGCCGGGGCUCUUCUCGGCCCCACAGACGCUGUUUUCCCACCUGGGAAAUGUGUGCACGCCUUUACCUUUGAGCCCGGCCAACCCCCAUACAGAACUUUAGCGGGGUUGAUGUGUCUUGGCCGUAAGGGUUUCAUCAUGGCCACAGGCAAGCUUCCGAUCGGGAGCAUGUUCGCAUUACAGGACCGGGAAGAUGAUCAGAUCUGGAAUCUAUGGCUGGAUCCAGACGUGGUGGACAUAGCAGAAGGGCAGCUUGCCACGAACUUGGAUAUCGCUAGCAUCAACUACGAUCAUCUUGCCGAUCGACUGAUCGGUCUUGCGAGUUUUGUGAAAGCGAGGUACGAACGCACAUCAACUGGGCACCUCUGGAGUCUCCUGACACUUUAUUCCCGGAGCAUCCGGUUUACGACAUCAAGUCUUACCAGGGAAUCAUUGCUGCGAUGGUCGACACGUCGAGAGAUGGCUCUAUACACCUCAGACGACUUUUUUCAGCGAACUGUAUCCCGAAGACAGCCUACGGAGACGGUGUGCCUUCGUACCCUAGAAUCCAGAACUAGUGGCGGCGAGGGCUGAAGUUGUAAGGAAUGGGGAUGAAGCUAGCUUUUCACCAGAGCGACGGCGGUAUCUUCAGACUAAUAGGGGUGUAUUCGAUAGGACCAAUCAUUUACGACUCCUCAUAUGUCUUCGUUCUUUCUUUCAGAGAUGAUGUUUCUCGCAGCAGCAGGCAAUUCCUGUUUCGCUGCUCGGUACUGGUUUAACAUCUCAAUCUUGAAGAUAGUUUCGAGGAUGCUGGUUCAUUCGACCAUGCGUUAUAGUGCUCUCUCUCCUCCUAUCGUUUCUUUCCUCAUGACCGCCUGGUCUUCUCUCUGCAUCAACUUUGUGUUGCAUAUGGUCUCCACUGCUCGAUCUUCAAGCAAGCUAACCCCUUCUCGGCGGGAAGAUUUGAAUAUCACCCCAGUGGGUUGCUGCAAGGCGGGUCCUGAG